AUUUAUUACUAAUUCCCCAUUAGUAUUUAAUCUUUGUACAUAUAUAAUUUAUUUUCGAGUUUUACCAAACCGUCAAACUUGGAAGCUAUGGAUAUUCGGAAGAAGCGAAGACCGUGGCGCGCAGACCUCACGUCAGUCGUUCUGGUAACCGUUACGCUCAUCCAGUUCCAGAUUCUACAUGCUCAAGCAGAUCCAGUUGAUGUUUUACAGGUUCUGCAGCUUCCUUCACUGCCUGAAGGUGUGCAGAAAGUUUCCGGCUUUUGUAGCUCUCAACGUGCUGGCACACCUGACCAUGCCUACCGCAUCACUAAGAAAGCCCAGAUCUCUGCUCCAACCAAGCAACUCUUCUCAGGUCAUUUCCCAGAGAACUUCUCUAUCAUGACCCUGGUGAAGGCCAAGGCAGGCCUUCAGGCCUUCCUAUUGUCCAUUUACAGUGAUCAGGGGGUGCAACAGUUGGGACUGGAGCUUGGCCACUCACCUGUCUUCCUAUAUGAGGACCAGAAUCGCAUGCCCACCCCAGAGGACUACCCACUGUUUACAGGCAUCAAUCUGGCUGAUGGCAAGUGGCAUCACAUUGCCAUUUCCGUACAGAACAAAAAUGUUACUCUUCUCCUUGAUUGCAAGAAGCGUAUGAGUAGGCCACUUCCUAGAAGUAACAAGCCAAUGGUGGACACCCGUGGUAUUACAGUGUUUGGCGCUCGUUUGUUGGAUGAGGAGGUCUUUCAGGGUGAAAUCCAGCAGCUUCUGAUUGCCUCUAACCCUCAGGCAGCCUAUGACUUCUGUGAGCAUUACAGUCGUGACUGUGACACUUCUUUGCCCAAAGUCCAGGCCCAGGAUCCUAACACAUAUGACAGCAUGACCACCAAAGUCAAAUCUACCUCUGCCCAUGAGAAAACCAAACCAAACAAUGCAAAACUUGGACCAGCUAAAUCAGCUAAAAAUAAACCUCUUCCUGCCAAGCCAACUAUAACUAAAAUAGGCCCAACCAGAACUUCUAUGACCAAGUCUUCCAAGGCAAAACCUUCUGCUGUGCAAAUUUUACUUUCAAAAAUUAAGCCAACUGUAACAAAUAAACAAGGGCCUGAUUCAAAAGACACAUCUGUUCCUAAGGCUGGCAGAGAUAAAACAUCAAAUAGCAAUAGCAAAGCAGGUGAGAACAAAAAAUCUAGAAGUGAAAUUAAACAAAAUAUUAAAGUUAAUGGCCAUGAAAAGAUGACUGUGGAGACAAAAGCUAAUAGUGGCAUUAAAACUAAAACUAAUUUAAAGGGGAGUGGGAAAGCAGCUAUUUCUAAAGCCAAUGCCAAAGUCAAUGGUAAGGCAGUUGAAGAGCAAAAAUCUAAAGCUAAGAGCAAUGAGAAAGCAGCUGUGGAGAAAGUAAUUAAUGGAAACAGUAACAGAAAGGCAACAGAGAAGAAAAAAACAAGUGUUGAUACUAAAGCUAAUGGCAGUACAAGGGCCAUUGUCAAGAAAAAGGCUAAUGUCAAUGGCAAUGUAGCUGAAGAGAAAAAGGCAAAUGGGAAUGCAGCAAAACCAAUGAAGACUGAGCCAGAGAAGUUGGUUGUUGUCAAGAGCAAAUUAAAUAAAGCAGAGGUUUCUAAUGCCAAAGCACAGAAAGCAGAGAAAGCUAAGAUUGGAAUAGCAAGACCAGAAGUUGCUAAGGAGGAAAAAGCCAAGAUCACCAAAGCUAAAUCUGAAAAAAAGUAUGAGACUAAAAUGACCAAAACUGAGUCAGUUAAGGUGAAGCCUGGCAAAAGUGAGACUAAGCUUGAAGUCAAAGUUCUACCUGCAAAGGAAAGAGUGAAACAGACUCUCAAAGUCAAGAAGGAGACACCUACCCCAGCACCCCCACCUGCUCUAGCCCCUGUGCCUUCGCCUGUCCCCAUCCCUUUCAAGCCAGAGAAAUCCAAGGUGUUGAUAGACGUCAGUAGCAUCAAAUCAAUGUCCAAACAAUUCCCACCCUUCGACAAGGCUGCAGUCAGUGGUACCAGCAUCUCCGCUCCAGAAAAACCCAAGAAGAAACCAACCAAUGGUUAUCAACAGGAUGUAGACGCUGCUUAUUUUGAGGCUGACCACACCCCCACAGAGACGGAUUAUUAUACCAUCUUAGAGGAGGAGGCAAUCCCACAGCCAAAAAGUGAGGUGACUGGACAUGAAGUAACCAUAGGCCAGGUGGAGGAGACUCUGGUGGGUGAAGAGACAGAAAAGCCCAAAGCAGGUGGUGAGGAGGUAUUUCAGACACCAGAUGAAACCUUCACUGAGGAGUAUGUGACAGGAGAUUUUGGCAUGAAGGAAUAUGACUAUUCCUACAAGGAUUACAACGAACCCAACCAUGAGGGGAAGACUGAUGAUACAAUGGGUCCUGCCCUGUCUGCUGUCACAGAUGAGGGAGGUGCUUCCAUUAGGGCCCAGAAGGGAGAGAAGGGAGAGCCUGCUGUACUUGAACCUGGCAUGUUAAUUGAAGGACCACCAGGACCAGCAGGACCAGCAGGUCUCCCUGGCCCAUCUGGCCCUUCUGGACCCCCUGGGUCUGUGGGUGAUCCAGGCGAGAGGGGUCCACCUGGGAAGGCUGGUCUGCCCGGAGCUGAUGGUGUCCCUGGACCUCCAGGAACAUCUGUCAUGCUUCCAUUCCGCUUUGGACAAAGUGGUGGAGACAAGGGCCCCAUCGUCUCUGCACAGGAGGCCCAGGCACAGGCCAUUCUGUCUCAGGCUCGAUUGGCUCUGAAGGGCCCACCUGGGCCAAUGGGCUUUACUGGCCGAUCUGGACCCCUGGGGUCACCUGGCAGUCCAGGCUUGAAAGGAGAGAGUGGAGAUCCAGGUCCCCAGGGUCCAAGAGGCCCUCAGGGAUUGUCUGGUCCUCCUGGCAAACCUGGCAGAAGGGGCCGUGCUGGUGCUGAUGGUGCUCGAGGAAUGCCAGGGGAGUCUGGAAUUAAGGGUGACCGUGGUUUUGAUGGGUUGCCUGGUCUGCCAGGAGACAAAGGUCAUCGGGGAAACCCUGGGGGAAUGGGACCAAUAGGACCCCCUGGAGAAGAUGGAGAAAGAGGAGAUGAUGGAGAUAUCGGACCCAGGGGGCUUCCAGGAGAACCAGGGCCCCGUGGUUUAUUGGGGCCUAAAGGUCCACUUGGAAUUCCUGGACCUCCAGGUGUGCGUGGAAAUGAUGGUCCUCAUGGUCCAAAAGGAAACAUGGGCCCCCAAGGAGAACCAGGUCCUCCAGGCCAGCAGGGGGCCCCAGGAACACAGGGAAUGCCUGGUCCUCAGGGUGCUAUCGGUCCUCCAGGAGAGAAGGGGCCGACAGGGAAACCAGGUCUACCAGGCAUGCCCGGAGCCGAUGGUCCUCCUGGUCACCCAGGAAAAGAAGGCCCACCUGGAACUAAAGGAAAUCAGGGGCCUAGCGGUCCUCAGGGCUCUAUUGGAUAUCCUGGCCCUCGUGGUGUUAAGGGGGUUCAAGGUAUCCGUGGAAUGAAAGGACAUAAAGGAGAAAAGGGAGAGGAUGGUUUCCCUGGAAUCAAGGGAGAUUUUGGCCCAAAGGGAGAUAGGGGAGAGGUAGGAGUACCAGGGCCUAGAGGAGAGGAUGGUCCUGAAGGUCCAAAAGGUCGUGGUGGUCCUCCUGGUGAGAUUGGAUCAAUUGGCCCACUUGGAGAGAAGGGCAAACUUGGGGUACCUGGGCUGCCUGGCUAUCCUGGUAGACAAGGGCCUAAGGGUUCACUUGGAUUCCCAGGAUUUCCUGGUACAAAUGGAGAAAAGGGUGCAAGGGGUCUAAUUGGAAAGAUAGGGCCAAGAGGACAAAGAGGACCAACAGGGCCCAGAGGACAGAGGGGGCCACGUGGGUCUACUGGGAAACCAGGUGCCAAGGGCUCAUCAGGUAGUGAUGGGCCUUCUGGUCCUCCAGGCGAGAGGGGAUUGCCUGGACCUCAAGGAGCAAAUGGAUUCCCAGGACCAAAAGGACCUCCAGGCCCUCCAGGAAAGGACGGACUACCUGGACACCCUGGACAGAGAGGAGAAGUUGGAUUCCAAGGCAAGACUGGACCCCCUGGACCACCUGGAGUGGUUGGACCUCAGGGUCCAUCAGGUGAGACUGGCCAAAUGGGUGAGCGUGGUCACUCUGGACCUCCAGGACCACCAGGUGAGCAAGGCCUUCCUGGCCCUUCUGGUAAGGAGGGAACAAAGGGUGACCCUGGUCCCCCUGGUGGUCCUGGAAAAGAUGGACCUCCUGGAUUGAGAGGCUUUCCUGGAGAGAGAGGACUCCCAGGAACUCCGGGAGGCGGUGGGCUAAAAGGCAAUGAAGGCCCUGCUGGACCUCCUGGACCUGCUGGCUCACCAGGUGAGAGGGGCCCUGCAGGCACAGUAGGCCCUAUUGGCCCACCUGGAAGACCAGGACCUCAGGGACCCCCUGGAACUGCAGGAGAAAAAGGAGUGCCUGGAGAGAAAGGCCCAAUAGGUCCACCUGGUCGUGAUGGCAUUCAAGGCCCAGUUGGUCUUCCAGGCCCUGCUGGACCCCCAGGAGUUCCAGGAGAGGAUGGUGAUAAGGGUGAAGUUGGAGAGCAUGGGCAAAAGGGGGCAAAGGGAUCCAAGGGAGAGCAAGGUCCUCCUGGUCCACCUGGGCCAAUGGGUCCUGUUGGACAACCUGGUGCACCUGGUGCUGAUGGUGAAACAGGUGCCAGAGGUCAGCAGGGCCCAUUUGGUGCCAAAGGAGAUGAAGGAACAAGGGGUUUCCCUGGGCCCCCAGGGCCAAUUGGACUACAGGGAUUGCCAGGUCCAGCUGGGGAAAAGGGUGAGACUGGAGAUGUUGGACCAAUGGGUCCCCCUGGCCCUCCUGGACCACGUGGGCCAGCUGGUCCUAAUGGUGCUGAUGGCCCUCAAGGUCCUCCUGGUGGAUUGGGAAAUCCUGGUCCCCCUGGAGAGAAGGGUGAACCUGGUGAAACUGGACCACCUGGUAUCGGUGGAGAGCCAGGAAAGAAGGGCCCAAGGGGAGAACGCGGUGAGAAGGGUGAGGCUGGACAGCCAGGUACCUCUGGUCCUCCUGGUGGAAAGGGGCCCCCUGGAGAUGAUGGACCAAAAGGAAACCCUGGUCCUGUUGGUUUCCCAGGUGAUCCUGGACCCCCUGGAGAAGUUGGGCCUAGAGGCCAAGAUGGAGCAAAGGGUGAGAGAGGAGAGGAUGGUGAACAAGGAGAGGCUGGCUCUCCAGGACCUCCUGGAGAGAAUGGAACACCAGGGCCUCCUGGAAAGAGAGGUCCUCCAGGAGCAAGAGGACCUGAAGGUCGUGAAGGAGAGAAAGGAAGCAAGGGAGGUCCAGGUGCUGUUGGGCCCCCAGGAAAGACUGGCCCUGUGGGCCCACAGGGUCCUCCAGGCAAACCAGGAACAGAGGGUCUGAGAGGGCUGCCAGGAUCAGUGGGAGAGCAAGGUGCUCCUGGAUCUGCAGGCGAGAAAGGACCUCCUGGACCCAUUGGUCCUCAGGGUUUGCCAGGUCUGCAUGGUGACCCUGGUGCCAAGGGUGAGAAGGGACACUCAGGUUUGAUUGGUUUGAUUGGACCUCCAGGAGAACAGGGAGAAAAGGGAGACAGAGGUCUGCCAGGUCCUCAAGGAUCACCAGGGCCCAAGGGAGAAACUGGGAUGCCUGGUGGAACUGGCCCUCUGGGUCCUGCUGGCCCCGCUGGUUUGCCUGGUCCAAGGGGUAUUAAGGGAGCAAAGGGUGCUACUGGUGGAGGUGGUCCCAAAGGAGAAAAAGGUGUACAAGGGCCUCCAGGACCCCCUGGACCUCCUGGUGAUGUCAUCCAGCCAUUGCCCAUUGAAAUCCCUAAGAAAUCCAAACGUUCCAUUGAUGCUAGUAAGAUGCUUUCUGAGACAGAUGAUGAGGUUGCCUUAGCUGAUGGCACAGGCAUUGAGACGGGCAAUGAGGGCAUGGAGGAGAUCUUUGGAUCUCUCAACUCACUGCGCCAGGAGAUUGAGUCUAUGCGGUUACCACUUGGUACUAAAGAUAGUCCAGCCCGCACCUGCCAGGACCUCCACCUCAGUCAACCGGAAUACAAAGAUGGUGAAUAUUGGAUUGAUCCCAACCAGGGCUGUGCUCGUGACUCUUUUAAGGUUUACUGCAACUUCACAGCUGGUGCGGAGACAUGUCUCUAUCCUGGGAAGGAAGUGGAGAACGUAAAGAUGAAUGCUUGGCCGAAAGAGAAGUCUGGGUCCUGGUACAGCAACUUUGCUAAAGGAAGCAAGUUCUCAUAUGUUGAUUCAAAUGGUGAGCCUGUGGGUGUGGUCCAGUUGGGCUUCCUGCGGUUGCUUAGUGUUCAGGCCCGUCAGAAUCUCACCUACCACUGCCACCGCAGUGUGGCCUGGGCUGACAGCACUGCUGACAAUGGCUACCAGAGGGCACUGCAUUUCCUGGGUGCUAAUGAAGAAGACCUUAGUUAUGAGACUAGCCCAUAUAUCAAGGCCCUCUUUGAUGGCUGUUCUUAUCGCAAGGGUUAUGACAGGACAGUUCUGGAGUUAAAUACACCUCAGGUGGAACAGCUCCCUCUCCUGGACAUCAAGAUAACAGACUUUGGAGAGAACACUCAGAAGUUUGGUUUUGAAGUGGGACCUGUCUGUUUUCUUGGAUAAACGUACAGACAUGCAAAGGAGCAAAAAUAUAAACGCCAGUGAGAACACAGACAAAAUAACUUGGACAUAGGCACUUAUCUAUGUGUACACAUACACGUUCAAUAGCAGUUGUAUAAGGCAAUGAUUAAUUGAAAUCACGCAGAUUGUCAUGAUCAAUGACAUCAUCACAUGAGCGCGUGGACACACACAAAUAAACACACACAGAAGCUGUUGUGAGGAAGGUCUAAACUCAGACAAGUACAAGCCCAGGGAAAAUGACUCCAAACCACCUGCUGGACCAAGGUGAAAUACUCUUUCAUCCGAAAGGAGUAAAGGUCAGCGUGUAACAACAUAUUACGAAGAGGAGUGUUUUGGCAUGAGAUGCUGCCUUAAAGUGGCAGCUCCCAAUGCAAAGCCACCAAAGACCCCUGCAUCUCUGAUCUCCCUAUCCUUCAUCUUUCAUCCUCGCUGUUACUCUUUCAAAGCAUCCUUACUCUCUCUACCUCCAUGUGUUAUCCUUACACUUAUGGUCUUAUACAAACCAUGCCCCUUUUACUUUUCGUUAUAAAAACAUGAGCUGCGUAUUUUUAGCAGGUGAUUCAGUUAGGACCAGAGGCAAAGUAAAAUUUUUGUUUGUUGAUUUCAUUUGUUUAAUUUAGUUUUUUUAAUUUAAAGAUAAUUUAUAAAUAAGGUUAAAUUAAGCCAUAUCAGUUAAUGCAGAGUUUCUUAUUGUUUCUGGUUUGAUGAUUACACUUUACAUUUGACCUUUCUAUACUGUAAUAAAACCCUACCAGCAAUGUUUUUGUACUGUAUGUUUUCUUGGGCCUAAUAUAUGCAAUGAAUUUAAAUUCUCUGUGAAUUGUAUUGAUGUUUUGUACAGGUCUUGUAGAGUGAUUAAAUCUGAGUGUUUUAGACAAGUUAAGGUUUUGUAAGCAAACCAGUAACACAGAUCCAACUUAGUAUUUAUGAAGAAGAGAUUGAAGGUAGUUUCCUUAAUACAUUGUUUACUGUUCAUUCCCGUGAGAGGCACAUGCAGAUGUUAUAUAAAACAAAAUUUGUGCCUUAAAGCAGUAUGAGUUGUUUUGUUUUGUAUAGAUUUGCCAGCAUGCACUCAAUGACAGCAGUUAAUCAAG